CAUUCACCAUUUUGCGACUGUAGUGUAGAAUGUACAGGGCAGUAGUUUUUCCUCCUUUUAAGUUGCUUUGCGGGAGAAACAUGACUGGUCGCUAACUGGCAGCUGCGGACGACUGGCCACCGUGCCCUAUUUUACCCGGCGGACUCAGCAGAGGAACCGACGGGGCUUCUGAAUUAGCUCCGUCUCUGGAAUAAGGUGGAAGAAGGCGUGCAACAGAAGACAAGACAGGAUGAGAGAGAGAGGCCUCGGCAGAAGAGAAAAAUAAAAGAGAAAAAGGGGCGGAGUUGGAUUUAAAAAAAGGAGGAAGAGGGAGAGAAAACGCCAAGCAGAAUCUCUGGGAUAAAUAAAUAAAUAAAGAGUGUUUAGAGAAAAGGCAAACUAAAUGAAAAGAUGAAGCCGAUAAAAAAGCAAGGCCGGCGUUCUCCGCCCUCUACCCGGGCCAAAGGGGGGAAGCGGCGGGGGGCUGGGGAUGCCUCCGAAGGUGGAGAGAAAAGAGACUCGGACGAGAACAGAGACAGAAGUAGAUCCCCUCCCUCCCAUUCCCACUCAGAGUCAUCCCAGGUGGACCCCAUGAGAGUGCGAGACACUUCAGAGGCAGAGGGGCUGUCGUCAGAGACGACAGCAUCAGCAGUGAUGGAUUCUGGGAAGUUGCUGACGAGUGGCGGCAGUGGUGACAGCAGUUGUAGUAACAGCAGCACACCGAGUGCCAACAGCAGCCCCAACCCCGCCUCCAGCCGGAAAACCGCCACCUUCAAGGCCCGCGUUCCCAAAAAGAAGUACACCUCUGAGCACUGUUCGUCAACCGUUUCAGGUAACCAUAGCAACUCAGCCUCCUGCACACCCCCUCCUCCUACUUUAAACCUCAACCAGGGAUCAACAGGUCCAGGAGUCGACGUCAGCCUCUCACAUUCUGAUGGCAACAGUCAGAGCAGGAGCCUGAUGGAUGACUUCCAUGGCAGGACAACUGGUAGGGAGGAGUCCCGGGACUCUCCAGGACCCCCCACCCUGUUGCCUAGAGGGGAGAGGCCUGGGGGAGGUGAAGGGGUGACAGAUGCAGAUCGAGUGUCACCCACCCCCCUGCCCCGCUGUUCUUCUACAGACACCGCUAGUGAGCACUCGGCUGACCUGGAAGUGGUUGGUGACACCAUCAGCCAGCUGUCCUCACGCUCUGCUCCCAGUCUCUCUGAUUCCCUGUCAGACGCCUUGGCCAAAGGGUUGAAAAAUCAGCGCAUCCUCGCCCGCCAGCACAGGAGAAGAAGCGACGAGGAAGGAAGAGGCAACACAAGUUUGGACUUGGUGUUCCGCGCUGGGGUGGUCCGUAAGGUCAGUGGUGAAACCGGAAGUCUGGAGGUGCAACUGAAUGGGGAGAAGACGCUGUGCCGUUAUCCUUAUCGACAUGACAGCCCGUCAGGGGUGGUGGACAUCAUCCUUGAUGCCCCACCCCCUGGCGUUCAUACAAUACCUAUCGGCACUCCUGUCUGCGUACCGUUUGGUAAACAAGACGUUAGCGGUCAGUGGUACAGAGAGGGCGUGGUAAGCCAGGUGGACACCCACCCUGCAGUGGCCAACUGUUACCGAGUCCUGUUGUCCGAGGAAAGGUCUCACUCUUUAGAUGAAGAAGACAGCAGAGGUGCCACCCAGGCGGUAUGGUUCUCCCGGCAAACACUCCGGCUUCUGGUGCCGCCAUGGGACCUGGAUUUACCAUCAGGUGGGGGGCGUGAAGGAGAGGAGGGUGUUAGAGAUAAGGAAGAAAAACGAGAAGAAAGGGAAGAGGUCGAUGUGGAGCAGGAGGUGUGUCAUCUGAGCCACGAAAUAACCUCUGGGAUAAGGUCGGUGUUGGGGAGGGGAAUAUCUUACCCGGGUAUUGUCCCGGUUUCCACCUCAACAGGACAUAACAUUGCAUCUCCCGUAACUCCAGCAUCUGUCCUUAGCCUGGCUCCAGGGAGAGAGUGGGAAAUUGAGAAAGACUUGGAGCGGGAAAGAGACCUUCUAAGAAAACAGGGAAGGGACAGAGAAAGAGAGAACAGUGCAAAGCAGCAACUUCAGCAACCACAGCAGCAGCACCACCUGUACAUGCCCCUCACCCCUGAAGAGGACAUGGAGGUGUCCCACUUUAGCAUGGUCCCAAUAGGGGCAAUCAUGCCUGGGGCCAAACCCAUGACAGUUCCCCAACACCGCCACAUCGUCUCAAAGCCCGGCUACCUCAAUUCCCACCUGUCUGUGGUGCGAGGCAUCGGGAUUCCUUCCACCCAUCACACUCUGAACCCCCACCCUCCUCCAUCCCCUGUCCUCUUAGGCCUUGAUCCAACAAAUGCAGCAGCUGGUGCUGUAAUCGCCACCCCCCAGCUCCCUCCUCUCCCUCCCAUGUCUUCCUCCACCACACCUUCCUCCAGAGUAGAGAAGGCCUCUGGGGUAGGUUCUGCUAGUGGUGGAGGAUCUGGAUCUGGUUCAGCCUCAUUGUCCUCACGUUCCCGCACUCCACUCACAGCUGCCCAGCAAAAGUACAAGAAGGGAGAUGUGGUGUGUACGCCUACAGGAAUCCGGAAGAAGUUCAACGGGAAGCAGUGGAGGCGGCUGUGCUCUCGGGAGGGCUGCUCUAAAGAGUCCCAGCGACGAGGAUACUGCUCUAGACACCUUUCAAUGAGGACCAAGGAGAUGGAGGCCAGUGGAGGGGGCCGGGAACGGAGCGGAGCGAGCAGCACGGGCACUUUGACACCGUCGGACCUGCGGCUGAGCGGCGGUAGAGCCAGCUCAGAGUUCGAUUGGGACGAGACGUCACGGGAAAGCAGCGAAGCCAGCAGCCGCGGAGGAGACUCCCGUCCCCGCUUAGUCCUUCCUUCCCUGCUGCCCCAGGACCUCUCUCGUUUUGACUUUGAUGAGUGUGAGGCAGCGACCAUGCUGGUCUCCCUGGGGGGCUCCCGCUCAGGCACACCCUCGUUCUCCCCCAUUUCAAACCAGUCUCCUUUCUCUCCAACCCCAUCGCCCUCACCCUCUCCUCUCUUCGGCUUCCGCCCUGCCAAUUUCAGCCCCAUCACUGCUCCAUUCUCGCUUACUCCGCGCCGCCAUCGACAGCUUAGUGGGACUAAGAUGGGGACGCCGGGUGCUGAGAGAGAACGCCACCUAUCAGGGAUCGUGCCCUCUUUUCAGACCAACCUCACCUUCACGGUCCCCAUGAGCCCCAGCAAGAGGAAGCUUGACACCCACCCACCCCCUCCGUUACCUGCAGUUCAGGACUACCAGACCAAACCAGAGCAACAACUGAUGUGUGUAGGGGGUGGGGUGGGAGAUCCAGCACUAUGCCAUGGUCCUGCUUCUUUCAGAGUCCUUUCCCCCCCUCAGAGUCAGCCCACAACCCCUUCUUCACUUUCCUUUUCGCGUCCUCGCAGCGCCACCAGCAGGCCGCCAUCCUCUGCUGCCUCCACGCCUCCACCCAUGCUGGUCUCCCCUACUCCCCCUUCCCCGCUGCCACAGGAGCCCUCCCCACGGCGCAUUGUGCCCCUCCGUGAUUCCCCAGUCAUCGUCCGCAACCCAGAUGUUCCGCUGGCCAAGUUCUCAGAUGGCCCGUUAGCAAGAAGAGAGCGAUGCAGGUCGAGGGAGCACAGCCAGCCACAGCACACUGCCCCCCUCGGCCUGCAGGCCCCCGUCCCCAUCAACGGAGCAACCACCAACGGGGCGGUUCUCCUGCGAAACCCCACUUCCUCUCUUGUCCUAGUUACCUCCAGUUCGUCUUUGACUCCAGCCACAGCAGGCCACGCUGCCCUCUCCAGCACCUCUGGGUCAAUGUCUGCCACAUCAGGCUCGGCCUUGUCCUCCUCUGGUUCUGGAGGCAGGGAGAGGAAACCGGAGGGCCACCAGGACACUUCAGGAGGGGCGCUGCCUCAGCCGGUGGCCUGUCAUCCCACACCAACGGCUCUGCUUCCGCUCAUACUGCCAGCUGAGUCGCCUCACCCUGUGCCACGCAAGCAAAUCAUCAUGGGGCGGCCAGGCACCGUUUGGACCAACGUGGAGCCUCGGUCUGUGCCAGUGUUCCCUUGGCAUUCGCUCGUUCCUUUCCUGGAGCCCAGCCAACCAGGAGCAGCCGCCCUGCCUGCUGAUGGCCAACAGCUUGUCAAUCAGGGCAAAGAGCCUCGUUGUGGUGUGGCCCUGCUCAGCGACGGACGGACGGGCCCUCCAGACCAGGAGAGGGCGUCGCCAUCAUGCCCUCCCCCGACCAAUGACAAUCCUCCUACAGACAGGGGCGGGGCAGACAGCGAGACAGAGAGCGAUACAGAUGACCCGUUUUCCCCUGGCAUAGCCAACGACCCGUCGCCUUCCACCGGACCCAUCAAGAGACGCACACAGUCCCUCAGCGCCCUGCCCAAGGACGGAGACAGGAAGCAGAGGGAAAAGGACCACAUACGCCGUCCCAUGAACGCCUUCAUGAUCUUCAGUAAACGCCACCGGGCCCUGGUGCACCAGCGACAUCCCAACCAGGACAACCGGACAGUCAGUAAGAUCCUGGGGGAGUGGUGGUACGCUCUGGGACCCAAUGAGAAGCAGCAGUACCACGAUCUGGCCUUUCAGGUAAAAGAGGCCCAUUUCAGAGCCCACCCAGACUGGAAGUGGUGCAACAAGGACCGCAGAAAGUCUCUAUCUGAAGGCCGCGGGACUCCAAAGGAGCCUCGAGAGAGGAGCAUGUCAGAGAGCAUAGAUGCCCUGUCGGAGCCCCAGGUGCUGGAAGGGAAGGGAGGAGGCUCAGGUUGGCUGGGGGGAUUGGAGCGCCGAGGUGGGCCAGUUGGAGGGCCGCAUCCCCGUCCCCGAGCGUUUUCCCAAAGCGCUGUGCACACCCUGGAAAAGAGGGAGAGAGACCUAGAGAAGGAGGAUGGAGCAGGUUUGCUUCGCAACCGGCCGCCGCCUCAGUCCCUGUGCCAAGGCGGAGCCAACGAGGACGUGACCAGCGAUGAAGAGCGCAUGGUCAUCUGUGAAGAAGAGGGCGACGAUGAUGUUAUGGAGGAUUCAUGUCCAGAGGGCUCCAUUGACCUCAAGUGUAAAGAGAGAGUUACAGACAGUGAUGAAGAUGAACCAGAUGGACAGCAUGGCUUCCAGCCGGUUUCUCCCUCCUCUCCCUUCACCCAUCACUCCGACUCCACCUCAGCAAAAGGGCAGGAGGGAGGAGAAGGAGGAAGCGCUGAAGAUGGGGCUGAGAGGAAGCGAAAGAGAGGCGUGGACAGAGGCGAGGAGGGGAGCGAGGGAGGGACCAAAAGAGAGGAGGGAUCAGCAGCAGCAGCAGGUGGAGGGGGAGAAAGUGGGGGAGGCGAGCAGAGUGUCUCUCCUCUGUCCGAGUCCAUCGUCCAGCCUCCCCUCGCUUUGGCUCACCAGAGUUUCUCCCAGGUCCACGGUGGCGUCCGCAUGGCUCCCACUAUGGUGACAAAUGUGGUCCGCCCCGUCGCCAGCACCCCCAUUCCCAUCGCCAGCAAGCCGGUAGAAGGAGCCAUCACCCUCAGCUCCCUCCCGCAGGACAAGAAAGCCACUCUUCUGAUCGGAGGAGGUGGAGCUCAGCAGCUGCCGAUCGCAGCAGGUGGUGGGUACCCAUCAUCAUCCUCCUCUCCCGGUCCAGUCAGUGUAACCCCCAUGGGCGGCAGCAGCCUGGUCACUAGCCUAGUUCUGGGAGGGUCUUUCCCCGCUGCCCAACCACUGCAGCUCAUCACCCCACACACCCAAACUUACCCACCCAUCCUCCAGCCCCAGCUCCACCCCACUGCUGCCACCUCCUCCCUCACUCCUCCCGCCUGCCCCAAGCCGCUAGCGCAGGUCCAGUACGUCCUGCCCGCCGAGAGCCCAUCCUCCCCUCAGCUCACUCACCAGCACAUCUUCUCCCUGCCCGCCAAUGCCGCCCUGGCUAAUGGCGUGCAGGCUGGGGCGGGAAUCAGAGUCAGCCCCGGGACUAGAGUCCAAACCCAGUCGCCAGUCUUGCAGAGCAAGAUGUUGGUUUCCAGGGCAACAGUGAGAACAGGGUCUACACCUCCUCACCCUUCCAUUUCCCUGGUGACUCCGCCUCUUCCUGUGCAGAAUGGCCCUGUGACAGGAAACAAGAUCAUCAAGAUUGCUCCCAUACCUGUGGUGCAGACGAACGUUCACCCUAGCGGCGCAGCUGCAGUACAUCCUGGAAGCCCCUUUCCUGUUUCCGUGGCAACAGUGAUGGCUCCCGGUGCUGCGCCCCCACAGACUGUUCUUCUGACGUCCCCACCCACCAGAAUCAGCUAUGUCCAGUCCAGCCCGGGAGUUACCACAGCAACGCCCCAACAAGGCGUGCAGCCUGCAGGUCCUGCGUAUCUCCCGUCCCCUCUGGCGACUCUGGGCUUCACCGCCAUCGCCCCGGCUGGACAGACCCUGGUUCAGCCAAUCGUCGGCCAGCAACCACUGCUGGCUCCGGCUCCGCCCCACAGCUCCCAGUCACAGACCCCCAUUGGUCAAACAGCGGCCAACUCUGGUCGUCAGGUCCUUACCGCCAUCUAUCCUGCUCCAACCGUUGCUCUGGCGACCGGUGUGGUCUCCAUGACAGCUGUGCCACCCAUGGCGGCGGCUCCAGCCCAGGACGUGAUAAACCCUCCGUCUCCGCUGGUCAAAGGAGGGCAGGGGUCAGCAGCUGUGACCCCCCAGCCUGCCAUGGGAGUGGAGGUAGAGGUGAAGCAGGAGAACCAGCUGGAUGCUCAGGCUGAAGAUGGAGCUCAAGGGCUGGUGAGCUGUGCCAGCAGCUCCCCGCUGACCACCUGUGCAGGUGGAAUCACAGCAGUAAAAAAAGAGGAAGACAUUUGUAUUAGCAUCAAAGAAGAAAGAGAUGGAACAGGAAGAGAGAAACAAAGCGAGACUGAUGAAGAGCAAGAAAGAGCGAUGAAGGAAAGCACUGAGAAGAAGAGAACCAGAGAGAUGGACAGAGAAGACCACAGCGUCGGCAACAGCAACAAAGAGGCUGGACCUCGUUCCUCACCUCCACCACCCUUGGGCCUAGACCCACCUCCCCCUCCACCAGCAGAGAAGGAAGCCUCCUCUUCCUCAAAGAAGAUUAAGUUUAGACCCCCUCCACUGAAAAAAGCACCCGACUCUCAUGACAAGGUCUUAUCGGAGACAUACUUCGAGGAGCGUUUCGCUGAGCUUCCAGAGUUUAACCCAGAGGAGGUCCUUCCCUCGCCCACGCUGCAGAGUCUGGCCACGUCACCCAGAGCCAUCCUGGGAAGCUACCGCAAAAAGAGGCGCAACUCCACGGAUCUGGAUGUGGCAGCAGAAGACCCCAGCUCCCCUCGGAGAAGAACCCGCCGUCUGUCCAGCUGCAGCUCAGAGCCCAACACCCCCAAGAGCGCCGCCAAGUGUGAGGCCGAAUUCUUUACCUUCGACAAAGCAGGUCCAGAGGGCGAGGUUCCGCUGGGAGACCUGGACAGGGUUCCUUACUCGUCCCUGCGUAGAAUGCUGGACCAGCGUCGGGCUCUGGUCAUGCAGCUGUUUCAGGAACAUGGCUUCUUUCCUUCAGCUCAGGCCACAGCUGCCUUUCAGGCUCGCUACUCGGACACUUUCCCCACCAAGUUGUGUCUGCAGCUGAAGAUACGCGAAGUUCGGCAGAAGAUAAUGCAGACGGCCACACCUGGAACCCUCGAGCUCGGAGGGUCUGUCGAAGCUGGCCCCGGCCCGUCCCACUGCCCUUUAUUCAACCAAUCAGCAAGGGAGGACGGAGGGGCGGAGCCUCAAGGAGACAAAGGUCAGAGCCCAGAGGAGCCCAAAAGCGAAGAAUCGUAAACCAGAGAGUGUGAACCAGUAUGAAGGAUGGCUCCACUGGCACCAAUCUCCAACAGACCUGGGCAGAAAUACAGAAAAUGGUCUCAGAUAUUCAAACUACUGAAGACCUGCUUUGAUUGUUUAAUCAGAACUUUUAAAAAAGCCUCAAAGUGGUGAAAUCACAUGCAAGUCAUGAUGAGUCAAGUGCUUCUUGUAGUAUUGUUUUCCCCUUUUUCCAGGUUUCCUGAAUGUUUUAGUGAACACUUUUGCCCAGGUCUGCUCUCAGCACAUUUGUACAGUAGUUUGUAGUUUACACACACUAUCUCUCUGGCACGCACACACACAAACACACACAGGAAAAACCUCGGUGCAUAUGUAAUCUCUCUCCAGCAUGCACACACACUUACCAAAUUAGACUGUUACUCUUGGUUGGCCUUCCCCAGAAAAGGAGCCGCUACCAAGGACCAUGACACACAAAGGCACUUUGUCACUUAUUGUGCAGAUGCAGUUUGCUGUUGCCAGCCAGCCAGGCCCUCAGAUGCCAUUGGCUUGACCUCCUUCAGGCCCUUCCACUCCUCAGCACAGUGGUUGGGAUGCAAACACAACCCCAACAACCUCCACUGAUAUUCCACAGCCCCACGAUGCUGCAAAUCAGACAGCACACACACAUGCAUACAAACAGUACAUGCACACUGGGACAUGUCUGUGCAGUGCGAGCACUCGUACACAAACAUAGUUACCCCUGGUCUGACUAAGCCAUCGGCCUGCACAGUUACUAGUGAUUGUAGAGAGAGACGUUAACAAAAAGACGGCAGGAUGCAGUGCGACCAAUCUUUGCACCUUCGGUUAUUGCCAACAUGGACAGGAGCUAAUUAUACAUGUCUGUAUGUCUAAAACAAAACCUGUGAAAAACAGGCACCGUAAAGAGAUUAUGUAAAGAGACUUUCUUUUGGUUGUGAGGCUUUGAAGACUCAGAGUUAAAACUGGACACUGAACGGCUCCCAGCAGAGCUCAGAGAGAAGGCGGAGGACGAAACUGGACGGUGUCCAAAGGAUGCAAGGAAGACCUUGUCGUGGUGAAUAAGGACAACAACAACAUGACAAGCUUACCAACAAAGAGGAAAAGUAGAAUUUUAACCAAACUUGUCUGAAUCUCCUCUGAAUGGACGUAAUGUUGCUUUUUCUUGUUAUUGUUGCCGUGGAAAUAACCAGUUUUACCUUGGCCUGUUUUUCUCUUGUGGCUCUAUCGUGUUUCUUCUCCAGCAUAAAAAAAUCACAACAA